CACCCACUAGGCACUGACAGCUCAGCUCCUCUCUUGUACGUGUCCUCUGUGUUGUUUUAAAUGAAGCCUACAGUCGGUGAAGAAUCUGCCAAAAAGUAUUUUUAAACUUCCAAGAAGCUGUUUCAAGAGUUGGGUUGAUGGCUGUCACCAAUCAGUAGAAGCCUCCGACUUUCUGCAGGAUCCCACAAUGGUACGGAACGUGGAUGACUUUGACUUCUGCCUUUCCUCCCAUGCCCAGAGCCUCCUGGAGGGGUUGAGAAGCCUGAGGUCCAACCCCAAACUCUCGGAUGUUACCCUCCUGGUGCGUGGCCAUGAGUUUCCCUGCCACCGGAGCGUGCUGGCACUCUGCAGCGUAUAUUUCCACGCCAUGUUCACGGGGGAGUUCGUGGAGAGCAUCUCGGCCCGGGUGGAGCUCAAGGAGGUGGACCCCGCCGUGAUGGAAACCCUGAUAGACUUUGCCUACACGGGGAAGCUGACCAUUAACCAGCAGAACGUGGAGUCUCUGACCCAGACCUCCAACCUGCUGCAGUUCAGCGCAGUGCAGAAGGUGUGCAGCCGCUAUCUCCAGCAGCAGAUUGACCCCACCAACUGCCUGGGCAUCUAUGAGUUUGGAGAGAUGUAUGGAUGUCCGGAGGUCAUCGCUAAGGCACGCUGCUUCCUUCUGGAGAACUUUGAGGCGGUGUCCCAGAGCGAGGAGUUUCUGCUGCUGGGCAGCGAGAGGCUCUUGGCCUACCUGGGGGCCGAGUUGCUGCAGGUCCAAGAGGAACAGAGCUUGGUGCAAGCCCUCCUCAGGUGGAUAAGGUACAACGAGGCAGAGAGGAGUUGCUUCCUUCCCAAGCUCUUUGAGCUGGUUCACCUUCCACUGCUGUCUGCAGAAUAUCUGAGAGACCAGCUUUUGCCCGACAAACUCAUUCAAGAGUGUGAACACUGCAGAAACCGGAUCGAGAGAUUCCACAGCAAGGCUGAAGCUAGGCAAAGACAUGAACCCAGUCUCAAGAAGUUUCAGGAAGUCCUGGUGGUCGUUGGAGGACGGGCAUUGGAGGACUCAGAUGAAGAUGCUGAAGAUAAUCAGAUCUUGUCAAGGAAUUGUGGUUUUUACAACAGUAGGACCAAGCAGUGGUCCAUCCUGCCAGACUUCCCAGAUUACAACAAGUGGGGAUUUGCCAUCACAGCAUUGAACAACGAUGUUUACAUCACAGGAGGCUCCAGAGGCAGCAAGACAGAUACUUGGUCGACAACCCAGGCCUGGAAAUUCGAUUCUAAAGAAGGGGUCUGGAAACCAAUUGCUCCAAUGCUAAAACCCAGAACCAACCACACAACAGCAGCACUAAAUGGAGAAAUCUAUGCCAUUGGAGGGACCACAUUGGAUGUUGUGGAGGUGGAACACUAUGAUCCCUACAUUGAUAGCUGGACUCUGAUUGGUCCGACAGUGAAGUAUGUCACUAACUUCACAGCCACAGGUUGUGGGGGAAAGCUCUACGUGAUUGGUUCAUGUGCAGCCAAGUACAAUGUACUCACUUUACAGUGUUACAAUCCUGUCAUAGAUAAUUGGAGUGUCAUUGCGUCUCCCUUCAUUCCAAAGUACCUCUCAUCUCCUCGGUGUGUGGCAGUAGAUGGGGUGAUUUAUUUAAUUGGAGACAACACAAAGAAAGUCUACACAUAUGAUCCUGAGGUCAACAUGUGGCAGAAAGUACAGCUGCUCCAUAAGUUACAUGAAAAUGGUGGUAUGGUGGCGAUUGCUGGGAAGAUCUAUGUUACUGGUGGCCACUGGACAGGAAUGGAAGGGGACUACAGUGUGGAGUUGGAAGUGUAUGAUUGUGCUAAGGAUGUGUGGACUAUUGAUAGCUUCCUGCCACGCCUCUGGUUUUAUCAUGGUUCCUGCUCCAUUUUUAUUGACACAUCCAGGUGGACUGAACUAUUUCCAGUCAACAACCCCUAGGGAGCACCUGCACCUCACCCCAUCCUGCGCUCUAU